AGGAGGAAAUAGUCAAUUUGCGCUGACACCAUGUUCGAAUCACUUUGUCCGAACUUCAAAGCAGUGUUUAUUUAUAUCAUGUUAAAUAUUUAUUAUUAGAUGUUAAUUUUUGAAAACAAUCCAAUGAAUUUUUGUAUCGCUAAUCUUUUCGGUUGUAUAUCGAACUUGUAAAAUAAGUUCAAACUCGUGUUGUUUGUAUAUUCGAUAGUGCAGUUAAUUCAGUGUAUAUUAUCAAGUAUUAUUGAUAACAAGGUAUUACAUUAUUACUAAAUAUAUAUUUCAUCAUAAAAGUUUGAAAAUACGAUUAUAAAUAUUACAUGUGAGCCGGUGAAUAUGGUAUAGCCGGCAAGGUGGGUCGAAGAGAGUAUGGCCAGAGUGCGGAUGUUCAGAUGGACUUGGGUUUGGGCUUGGACUGCGUUAGCUGGACUAUGCGCUCUGGCCGCAACCGAGAGUCAACAGCAAUGCCCCCCGGUAGGCGAGAUAGCACCGUGUUCCUGUACGGUAAAAAAGAACGGCCUGGAUAUUCUCUGCGAAUUCACUGAUCAGCAACACGUCAACGAUGCCAUGGGCAAACUGAAAGGAAAGUCUCUGGUCAUUUUCUAUUUGAAACUGAGACAUAAUAACCUAAAAAAAUUGACCGGUUUCAUUUUCUUGGGUUUGGACAUCAGGCAUCUUACAAUCCAUAAUAGUAGUUUAUCUGUCGUGGAAGAAGCAUCACUUAGUUCUAUAGGAAAAAUGUUGACCCAAUUAGACGUAUCACAAAAUAGUUUAACGAUGGUCCCAUCGGCAGCUUUCAGAAAUCUCAACCAAUUGCUUAUUUUGAAUAUGAAUCACAAUAAAGUAACCAGUCUCCAUGCUAAAGCUUUUCAAGGAUUGGAUACUUUGGAAAUACUCACGCUUUAUGAAAAUAAGAUAACUAACAUCGACAUUGACGCUUUUGUAGGACUCGAAAAGAAACUGAAACGACUGAAUUUGGGUGGAAAUGGUUUAACUUCUGUACCUCAGAAGUCCCUUGCAAUUUUAGAUAUGCUGAAGAAGUUGGAAAUGCAGGAGAAUAGGAUAUCUGAAAUAAAGGAAGGUGACUUUUAUGGUCUUAAAAAUUUGGAUUCGUUAGGUUUGGCUCAUAAUAAAUUACGAAAAGUUCCUGCAAAAGUAUUUUCACAUCUGACGAUGUUGAAUUCCUUGGAAUUAGAGGGAAAUAACAUCGACACAAUUGAUCCAGAGGCUUUUGUAGGACUAGAAGGAAAUCUUCAGUAUCUUCGACUAGGCGAUAAUAACAUCCACACAAUUCCAACAGAUGCACUGAAAGAACUGCACCGUUUGCGUCAUUUGGAUUUGAGAUCGAACAACAUCAGUUAUAUAGCAGAAGAUGCCUUUUCAGGAUAUGGAGACUCGAUAACUUUUCUAAAUUUGCAAAAGAACGAUAUAAGAACAUUGAGUGGUAUGGUUUUCGAAAAUCUGAAUUCUCUAGAAACACUCAAUUUACAAAACAACAAACUGAUGCAUGUUCCUGAAGAUGUAAUGGAUCCUGUUUUAGAUACUCUCCGAGUUGUUGAUAUAAUGGAUAAUCCGUUACUUUGCGAUUGCGAGCUUCAGUGGUAUAAAAAUUGGUUGCGUAAUCUGAAAGAUAAAGACGACGAUCUGAUGCAGAAGAAACGAACGGUUUGUACAAUGCAACACGAACACCGAGAGUACAGUCUUCAGAGUCUACCUCUGGAUAAGAUGAAGUGUGUUCCGAAAAUAUAUGAUUUAGGUGUAAACAGAGCUGAUUACGGCACUCAUUCUGUUUUAUCAGUAGUCGCCAUUACGGGCACCACUAUAUGUGUUUUAGCUAGGUAUUUUCAACCGUAAAUAGAAUUUAGUGAGUUAGUAUAGAAGCUAAAGAAGAUCUGUGUUAAUUUGUAAACAUAACAUUUACAAGAAAAAAAGUGUUUUUAUUAUAAAAUUUAUAGUAACGUAUAAGUUAUCAUAUUAGGCAGCGUGUAUUUUUAUGAGUUAAAUCACAAGCUUUUUUGCUCUAAGAUCUUAAAGUGUAUCACUAGUAGCUGUUUGGGAUAUUUUUUAAAUACACCAUGAAUAUUCAUUGAGGUAUCUCGUCAAUUAGACGUUAAAGAUUCCAUCUUUAUGUUUAUAUGAAAAAUAGGUAUCAAUGUGAUAGUUUCAUGGGGUAUUUCGGGGAAUAUAUGCAUAGGAAUUGUUCAAGAAAAUGAGUCUAAUACGUAGAAUUAUUUCAUCUAUUGUAUACCAAACUCAUGAAAAUAUUUUAACUGCAGUAGUUGAUUGACGUCGUUAAGAAACAUCGAGUCAUGUUUCACAAAUAUAAUCCACCCUCAAUCAUUACAAAAAUUGAUAUUAGCUCAAAAGGUACAAAAACAAACAUUCCUAAGACAUUUUAAAUAAUUAUUGUUGGAAUAGAAAUAAAUAAUUCCCAAAUUUUGAUACAUAUUUGGAAAAAAAAUAGUUUUUGAAAUAUGGUGAUUGAAUCUAUUUGAUUGUUAUUUCCAGUACAAUAAAAAUUAGGCUACAUUAUACUAAAUAAUCAAGCUAUUACCAAUUGGACAUUUCCAAACAAAUAUUUAAUACUGACAGCAAAAGUGAUCUUUAGAAAAUCACUCAUUAAUAUAUAAAAAUUGAGUUAAAUUAUUUUUUUUGUAUUAUUUGUAAGAUCCAAUGAAAAGACCUCAGAAACUUAUUGAAACAAUGACCUUAAUGAUUGAGAUUCACAUACAAAUGAAGUUUAUUCAAAGCUAUAGUACAGCUUUUGACACAAAGUAUGUUUCAUCUUGAUUUUUAUUUCAGCCGAAGCUUUCUCCUAGAUCAUUUUAUGUUGUUUAUCCAGUACCAAUAGCUAUAACCAGACCGAAAGAUUCACGGUGCACUUCACUAAGUAAAGGAUAUAUCCAGGCAGCGAGAUAAACCAGAAAUAGAUUUCAAACAAUCUGGUUGACUGUAAUGUUCUCUUUUGAAAUGAUAUCUUCUUCAUCUACUUGGAACAAACCCAGUUAAUGUUAACGAGGUGCUGACUCUUCAUUUUCUGCUGCUGUUCUCAAAACAUAAAGUAUCUUCUGGUACUGUUGGUGGUUUCUCAUUUUCCGUAAUUAUAUGCUGUUUCUGAUACUUAGAGUAAAACGGGAUAUAGAGAAACUGGGAAGGAUUGACUGAAGAAAAAUGAUAAAGGGCCAAAGGAAGUGGAGGAGAAUAGUCAAGAAUGCUGAAACUAAAGUCUAAAAGAGCUGUGGAGCUGUAUUUUUCAUUUGAGGUAUAACAAAACUUCCUUGAUAUAACUGUGGUAUAUUCUCGAAACAUGUAGUGCUGUAGCUAAAUAACUAGGAUUUCUUCUAGAUUAUGUUGUUUAUACAGUACAGAUAACAAAUUGAAAAGAAUAAUAAAGUUAAUCAAGAGAAAAAAAUCUUCCAGAAAAGUCAAAGUAAAAGUGACCAGCAGUUCUAUAGGCAUCAGAUAUAUGGACAAUAACAUAAAAAUUUGAAAAUAAACUGAAAAUAUGAAAAAAAAAAACAUCAGGAAAAUAUAUAGGUCUGUCAAAAUGACAGAAGGUAUUUGAAGACGUAUAAACAAAGAAAAAAGAGUUCGAAUUGGCAUAUUCCAUUGGAUAUAGAGGUCCUGGAAGUAGAAGGUGGAAAAAGAAGGAGAGGGUACCCAAAGAAGAAUAACCACAAGAAUUCAAAGUCGAUAUAGAUACACUAGGAAGGAUGGACUGAAGAAAAAUAAUAAAAGGAAGUGGAGGAAAAUAGUCAAGAAUGUUGAAACUAAAGUCUAAAAGAGCUGUGGAGCUGUAUUUUUCAUUUGAGGUAUAUCGAAACUUCCUUGAAAUAACUGUGGUAUAUUUAUGAUGGGAAUAGCUGCGUUUUACAUUCUCUUGCAACAAUUCCUAUAAAUGAGAAUGCAAUGGUUCCUUUUCCUGUAUUUUUACUGAAAAUUUCAAAAAAAAUAGCAUAUAACAUUCAUAGCUUUAAGAUUGUGUCUCUUGCACUAAAUAUACAGGAAAAACCGAGGUAUUAUAUUAUACAUAUCAUAUUAGAGAAUUUAUAGUAAUAAUAAGGGUAGAAUUACGACCACCAUUACUUGUUUUGUCCCUAAUAUCCAAAAAUUAUACUUUCUGUGCUAUAAUUUUUGGAAAAUAUUCACAUUUCGAAUUUUACCUCUCUCGAUGUUUAUAAUCUUAUAUCUCUAAAUGUACUUGUAUGUGAAAUAUUUUAAUUUUUUUGUGGAUUUAUCGCGUACCAAAUCGGGACAGACUGGCCUACAUAUCCGGUGAACGGAAAGAUUGAUAUUUUGUAAAAUAUAAGGUUGAAGAUGAUACGAAACGUCUAUGAGACAGCAGAUUUUUUUUAAAAAUCACGGACGUUUCAUAUCUGUUAAAAAUUAGGAGCUAUUAGUUCGUAUAUUUCUUAACAACAAUAUGUAAAAUCAUGCAUGCUACAUUUAAAAAAUAGUCAAUAACUAUGAGCUUGUUUUAAAUAAAACAUAUAUAAAUAUAAUUAAUUUAAGUAAUAUAUCGUGAUAAGAAGUUUCCAAGACUAUUUUUGCUUCAUGCAAAUUUUACAAUAUUCGUUUCAAGACAUUCCAUUACUGAUUUUAUUAUCCACGACAUUUGCAUGAAGACGUUGAGAAUGACAUAGAAUUUAUACACUUUCUCAAUACUAGUGAGGAUAUUCAUUCCCCACAUGAUCAUUCCUGUAGCAUUCCUUCUCUUAUCAAUUCUAUAUCUUGUAGAAAUGCUUCACACACUUUUAUACGUAUACCAAACAUUUUGUAGGACUUGUAUUAUUUAUAAUUUAUAAGAUGUAUUGUAGUAUAAUCAUGUCCAUGGAGUAUCUAGCUACCGCAGUAAGACACAUAACUAUUCGUAGAACCAAGAAAAUGAAUACAAUCACACCUUUUUAGAAUACGAACUAGUUUUCAAUUAUUAAUGAAUCCUGUAUCUUUGCUUUAAGAGUUUGGCUUUGGUAAGUGUGCAAACUGGUCAUUAGCUAUUGGUGGACUGUUUUAAAAACUAUCUGCGUUUGAUUAGCUGAUAGUUUUGGGUGAAACCUCUUUAAAUAUUGAAGAGCUAAAUAAUCUUUACGAACUGCUUCAUGGUUUAGAAUUAUAACAGUGGAUAGUCAGCUAUCUUAAGCUUCGUGAAAAGUUCCUCGUGUCCCAGUAUUAGAAGCUAAUAUCCUUUUGAUGGUAUCGAACUAGAAAGAAUUGUUUAUUCUAAAGUAUUCUAUUUAAUUUUGACUUGGUAAGAUAGAUACCUCACAACAACAACAUUUUCUGAAACUCAAGCUAUUUCUUGGCAUAGUUUCUGUAGAACGAGCAUAUAGUAUUUAUAAGUUGUUCACGUAGAUUUUAACAGUUUCUAUCAAGUUGUUAAUGUUGUUAACAUAUGUUUGCAGAUAUUUUAUUAGAUGCCAAAGGAAUGGAUUCUUUAGAAAAUAUCUAUUUUGAUUCAAUAAUGUCCAUGGAGCAUCACGCUAGCGCACUAAGAUAUGGAACUAUCUACUAUGGAAUGUAAAAUGAGCAGAAACUAUCUUUUGCAAAUGUUAUAUUUCGAUUUUAACAUUCCCAGAACAUAAAAGUCUAAUUCAACUAAACUUCUUUGACUUAUAUCUGCUCCAAACUUUUUCAAAAAAAAUAAACUCAUAAUAAAUAUUAUCCGGAAGUGUUUUGUUCUAUUUAGACUGAAUUUGAUCGGUAGUUCACAGUAAUCACAUUUUCUUAAGUUUAAACUUGUUCUUAACCAGACCUGCCAAUAUUUUCUGCAGUACCAGCUUAAGUACUUGGAGGUUGUUCAUAACUUCUUUUAUCAAGUUGUUAACAUGUGCUUGCAAAUGUUUCAUAAGAUAUCAGAGGAAUGGUUUCAUCACAAAAUAUGUAUUUUGAUUCAAUAAUCUCCAUGGAGCAAAUGAAUAGAAACGAAGUUUUACUGAGGUUAAAGUUUGACUUCAAUAUUCCUGGAACACAGACGUCUAACUCAACCAGUCUAUUUUUAGGCCUAAGCUCUUUCUUGAAAUGGCUUCGCUAUCAUUUUCUGCAGUAUGGUAGUGCAUAUUAUAUGGUGCAUUAAGUUGAUGUCUUACUGCUUUAUCAAGAUACUACAUUUAGUUAAUUAGUAUCUUCUUUUCAUUAUUAGUGUUUCUACUAUUUGUUUGUGUAUGUAUAUUUGAUUUUUGGGAAACUUGUAUCAACAAAGAAACUAUUCUAUACAUGCAGUGAAUGAAUAAUUUUUUUAAACAACUUAUUAUUGAUAAAAUAAUUAUUAUUUCUUGUAAACUGCGUGAAAAUAUUCCUACUAUAUUCAUUGAAACAAUAUUUUUCUAGUUAUUGUUAGCAUUUCUUUUACAAAUGAUUUUAAAUCAAAUUUCUUCGUUGUAUAAACUUUCUAUGUCAUUCAAAUGUAAAGUCCUUAAAAAGGAUCUUAAUAUACAGGGUAAAGAUACCUAUAAAUACUGUCAUUCUAAGCAAGUUUCCUUUCGUUAUUAAUUUGUUUGGUAUUGACUACAUUAUUUGAAUUAAAAAUCCAGAUGGUUACAUUCGCAAGUUAAUUGAUCGAAUUUUCUUUUGAUUUGAUAUACCGUGGAUAUAUCUUUUUAUAAUUCAAGCCCUGUAUGUUGUAGCAAUAUAAGAUUUCUUCGGAAACAUGUAUUAUCCCAUACAUAUCAUUCGAAAGAUCAUCUAUCUGAGAUAGUAAACAUAUCUUUUAUAAAUAUAAGAAAUUAGAAAAUAAUCACAAAUUUAUAAAUGGAGUAUUUUUAUGUGGCAAUGUAAGGCAGGCCAUUUCAUAGUGGCAGCAGCCAGACCAUUUCGAGACAUAUCCGGUUCGGGCGGAUGCACACUUCGCGUCACUACGAUGCAAUAAAUGAAAUAUUUUUCUAAAAUUUCUAGUGUCAGGUCGUUAUCACGUACGGAUGCGAAGUUUCUGUCCGAAUCCCCCAAUUUUCUAUAAUGUUUACCAUAUUCAUAUAAAUAUAAUGUCAAAAUGUAAGUAAUCAUUUAUUAAAUAUUAUGGCUGUUGUGUAGAAUGUGUCAUUAAUUAUAUUUAAGAAAAUCGAUAUAUUCAAUGUUUCUCAUUAUAAUAUUCUAUUCAUGUCUUACUUGAAUAAAAAAAUUACUCUGACACUCAA